AUGGUGGAAGCUAAAAAUGAAUCGGACCGUUUGCACAAUCAGAUUGAAAAUUUGCUAAGGGUUGAAUCGAUCGCCGAACAGCAGUGCCGUGCUAGACGGAAUUAUGAUCGUGUGAAAGCGGCGCAUGAUGACUGGGAAUUGAACAUCAAUGCGGCACGAAUGGAACGCAAUAAUCUCAAAAAAAAUCUUGAAAUGGCCGAUCAAGAACUUGCGGUCUUCGAGGUUCUGCCAGUUUCAAGUUUUUUUUUUUUUAAAUUCCUCUUCGUAUAA